AGACAUCCUCCGCGCCGACUAUGCUUGCCAACCAAGCUCCGCGUGGGGUGGGGUGGAGGCAUAGGCGAUCGGUGGGGCACAGCCCACCCACUUCCACAGACACACGCCGCGUGGGCUGCCGCUCGGGCGUCCGGCUUGCAGGCGCUGUCCACUGCGGUGGUGCUGAAGCGUGCCAGAAGCCUCGCCACGGCCGCUGCAGCGCAUCGGACGAGCGGGCGGGUUGGCGGGCGGCCAGACUGAGUCGAGCCGGGCUAGGCUGGGCUGGGCUGGCGGCGUAAUCUCCGCGCUCCCCUCCCCCGCGAGCCAUUGCCAUUCGCCGCACGUCCCCGCCCGCCUCACUGUGCGCACUCCCUGCCUGCCUGCCUGCCUGCCUGCCUGCCUGCCUGCUCAGCUCUCUCGCUCGCUUGCUCGCUCGGCCUCGCCGUCGCCAUGGCCAGCACCUUCGCCCGCAUCGUCUCGGCCCGAAGAUCCGCCGGCCUCUUAGCCUUGGCGGGCGCAGCCGGCUCACUGGCCGCCGCUGGCUUCCUCCUCUCCCGGGACUCCGUGGGCGCCGCGGUGGCCAACCGGCGCCGCUACCCGGCUAGGUAUGGCUCCUCAGGCAGCCCUUGCACACACUCACACACGGAGAGAUGCCUUCAGGGAGCUGAGCGGUGGGGAAGGGAGGACGGGGACAUUCCGACGGGGAUGGCGCUGGGUCCGCUCGCGGUCAAGGGGCCGCGGGAAGAGCCAGGGCAGGGGGAGCCCCACACCAGCUCCCUCCCCAGUCACCUGCAAUAUGUAGGAAGAGGCGACAAACAGGGCGCCUCCCCACCCCACCUUUUCUCUAGCACUGCAGCAUUGAGGCAGUCUGGUUUAGUGGCUAGAGACUGGUGAUUUGAUCCGAGCAAGCCGUAGUCCGGACGCUCUGCCUGUCCGCCGUGAGCGAGCCAGAGGCGGGACUAUCCCUCGGUUCAGCGGUGGUCCUGAGCGAAUGCGAGCCUAACUGAGCCGCCGACCCGGGCUUGGUCUAAAUCCAGACGCGUGGUCUAUGGUUGUUCACUCCCAGGAGGAGGCCCAGAGCCCGAGAUUGCGGCAUUGGCGGGAGGAGGGGCUGGGGCGGGAAGAGCCAUAGAGGAAGAGCUGUCUCAAGGGGCUUGUUGGGCACAUCCCCUGAGGGCAAUGUGCUCUACACAUGCUCUGGAACACUCUCCCCUUCAUUGCCUCUGGCUGGGCUGCAGCGGGGCCGGUUCUGCUUGGUCCUCCUCCUUGCCGGACCGAAAGAACCCGGUCGAGCUUUCUCUAGCGCCCAGAGACAGCUUUGUCAUCCAGGGUCCCCCCUUUCGUCCCAGUCCUCAGCACCGAAAAAAUAGUGCCAGCCCCGCUCGGAAAUAUCUACCCCUCUGGGCAACACACCUCCGGGCUUGCUGCUCUUCCGCACAGGAGGCCGGAAAAGCUGCUCCUGCAAGCGGUGCGGUGGGGGAGGAGUGGCCCCAGGGACACCCUUCCCACAGGAGGACGCCGAGAUCUCAAUGUCACCAGCAGAAUGAGAGGAGCCUUUCGGCUGCUGCCUAUUACGUUUGCAGGAGACUAGUGCGCCGGUUGCUCGCUCCCACAGUGCUCCCGAGAAUUGGGCCUCCAGGGAGGAGAAUUGGGACUUCUCCGCAAUCGUCCCGACUGCUUCCCUUGCCCCCUAUAGGCCAGCCAAUGCACAGGCACCAAGGAGGAAAAAUACACCUGCUGAACUCCUGCCUGUCAUGCAGCUCUUUUCCCGGUCACUGCCAGGAAAAGAGGGCAUCCCGCACUGACUGCGAUGAGCUCGCGAAGAAGGAUCGGGCCACUCACAGCUGCGGGGGCUGCAGUGCGCCCCUCUGGGCUCAAGCGGGGCCUCCUUCAGCUCUCUAAGCCCGGGGGAGGGAAAUUUCCCUCGCUCAGCUGCUCCAGCCUCUCUCCCUCCCCGCCCCCUCGCAACUCCAGGGAAGGCCAGGAAAACCACAAAGCCCCUCUAAACUGGGAACGAGGUCAGGAGACGGCCGCUCUAAGCGGAUUAAGAGUCUUCUUAAUGCAAUAAAGUCCUCCGCGCGCCUCCUGCUCUGCUCACUGGUUGCUGCGGCUGCCUUUUGGGGUCAGGCCCUCUCAGCUGCUCCAGGUUGAGGUCCAGCAUCUACGCCCCAUCACCGGCAGGGGCUGUGGGUAGGCUCUGCGUGGGAGGUAAUAGCUGAAGCAGGGGCGCCAGGAGUGGAGAGCAGCCGAGCCUCCUGCAAGUUGGUUCCCAAACUGCCUCAACGCAGUUAAAAACGCAAAGCUCAGACAGGCUCCCACCAGAGAUGAAAUCCAUGACUAGAAACCAGAGCUAAACAAGAGAAACAUCGCAGCUUGUGCGGGGUGGAGUCCUGGAAGCCCAGAAGCAAGUGAUCUUCCCUCUCUCCCACCCUUCGCACUGAAGGGUGGUGGUGGGGACAAAGGGGGCAGGAAGGACCCACAACACAACAAGUCAGAUUUUUCCCCCUGUAUCAGGACUCAGCUGCGGUACAUGUGAAAUAAAUUAUAAUGUGAAAUACAUUAUAGAUACAUUGGUACAUCUGGGCACAUGCAGAGUGCAUUUCCUUGAAAAGAUGUAAAAGUGUGGCCACAAAAUUUCACUUACAGGAAAUUUCAGAGCAAAUGUGGAGGCUACUGUUCCUCCUCCUACAUUUAUAAAUGGCUCUCAGGCUGCCUCCUCCUAUAUAAGACCCUCUCAGAGGAAAGGGGAAGCCUGCAACAAAAGCCAAAGAAGCAAUGGGUGCCCCACUGCCUGCAGUGUGUUAAUUCUAUCCCACAUCCUGUCCCCUCCCCCCACCCCGGUGCAGUGCUGAGUACCCUGACCUGCGGAAGCACAACAACUGCAUGGCCAGCAACUUGACACCAACCAUCUACGCCCAGCUCUGUGACAAGGCCACCCCCACCGGUUGGACCCUGGACCAGUGCAUCCAGACCGGCGUGGACAACCCUGGGCACCCCUUCAUCAAGACUGUAGGCAUGGUAGCAGGGGAUGAGGAGUCUUAUGAGGUUAGUCCCCAAGCAGCCCUUCUCACCCACCCACCCACCUGGGCUCCCUUUAGCUUGCCAUUAACCCCACCCCCAUCCUUGUGGCUCUAGGUCUUUGCAGGUCUGUUCGACCCAGUGAUUGAGGAGCGCCACAACGGCUACAACCCCCGCACUAUGAAGCAUCCCACGGACUUGGACUCCAGUAAGGUAUGCGGCACCCUCAGCACCCCAGGAAGGAGACCUUGCCCAGGGGUCACUGCAAAGUCUCACUCAUAUGUAUAUGUAUAUCUGUGUGUGUGUGUGUGUGUAUACACGCACAUAUACAGUGGAACCUCAUUUUUCGAGCGUCUCAGAAGCUGAACGAUUUGGAACCCAAACACUGGAAACCUGGAAGCAAUUGCUUCUGUUUUCGAACACACCUCGCAAGUUGAACGGCUUCUGCUACGUGUUUUUCCAUUUUUUUCAAUGGAUUUUGCCGACCACCCAUUGAUCCUCGGUUUUUGAACGUUUCGGAAGUCAAAGGGUCUUCCGGAACAGAUUACAUUUGAAAACCAGGUACAUACCGUGUACAUACAUGCACACACACAGUGCUAUUUUUCUAGAAAAAGAAGUGCCGGAACUCACCAUAAAUGCCUCCCUUAUUCUCUUAGAAUUGCAGUUCCGGUUGAAAAAAAGCCCUCUAAGUGUGUGUAUGUUUUUCCAAGUUGCAUAAAACAGUGAAAAGCAAUCAGUAUAAAACACAAAACAACAUCAAAUUGAGGAAAGGCAACAUUAAAGCCCCAGUUAACCAUCAGCUCAGGACCAAAUGUUACCAAUUCGCUUCAAGAGGAAACCAAAAUUUUCAUUCUAGGAGGUGGGAAGAAGGCCAGGUUUCUCCCUGGGAAACUAGAAGAGACAGUUUACUCCUAUCAAAACUUGCCAAGAUCCCUUGGCUUGCCCCCUGCAUCCUGAUGGAGAUGGAUUAAGGAUUAAAUAUGUAAAUUAAGAUUUAAACCUCCUGUCCCACGUGUGUGGGAGAAAUGUGAAAGUAAACAGGCUGUAAAACCCUUUUAGCAGAGUAAGAAAACUUAUGCUUUUGCAGUUUACUGAAAGCUAGGAAUUGGGCAAUUGCAUCUGUUUUCUCUGUUUAUUUGUGGUCUGCUGACCUUUCCCCUCUUUGUCCUCAUUGCUACAAAUGAACCACACAUUUUAGUAAGAUAAACAUAAGGUUUACUUACAUUUCAAUGCAGGCAGCAAAUACAUCAAAGUUGUAUUCAGGUAAUAAAAAACCUUCUUAGUUAAAAAAAUUAGUUUUUAAUUGGAGUCUGGACUCACAUCUCUGACUUGAAAGAGAGGGUGAGCUCAGGCAGAAAGGAAGUACCGCAUCCAUCACUAUAAACAACAUCAAGCACCCUGGUGCUUAUCUGUUCAGUACAUAGAGGAAAUGAAGGCUUAACACUCUUCUCAGUGAUGCAACUUAUGCACUUUGCUGUGUUUGAGGCAUCCUGAGUUACCUUUACUCCUCUUGCAAGCUCCUUGCUCUGCAAAUCCAUAAUGGCUUUGAUGUCUCUGUGGCCAAAUCUUCUGUGACAAAGUUAUUUUCCUCUCCUUUCUGUACACUCCUCUCUCAGACGGCUAAUUUGUUAAAUUUUGUGCUACAUCCAUGAGAGUCGCAAAAGCAUCAAAUUUAGAUCCUAGUGAUCCCAAUAAAUAACAAACUUUCAAAUCACCCUCUGUCUUCAGACCAGCAAUCUCCAGUUUCUCAAAAAAUGGCAAGAAAUUGUGUUGCAUGGUUGCUACAGUCCCUCCUGGAUUCUAGCUUUAGUUUAAACAAGUCUCUCAUCCAUGUUCUAUGGGAAUAUUUACUUGUGUACCCAUAUACCAGUUCCAAAUUAUCAAUCCCUUGAGCUGCAGCAUCUCCUUAGCACGGACCAUCCAUGCAACUGAAAUGCUGUCCGUGAUUAUAGAUAUUGCCAAUUUAUUUUGCUGCUCCCAUGCUCUAAUUAAGGCUCUCUCUUCUGCAGUGGUGCCAGUAGGCUUCUGAUUUCCAAUGCAGUCCAGAACUCCUUUCAAGUCCAGCCAUAUCUCUAAACACUUCUUCCAGUGUAAGACAUUAUCCUGCUUGAGCUUGGGUAGUCUGGUGCCUUCUGCCUCAACUAAAUUCCCUCCUUCCAUUAAAACAAUUAAAAAUCAAUCUUAAAAUUUCCAAAUUUGAACAAAAUUAAAAUUCAGGAGCAAAAACAAAAAAUGCCAAAAUAAUCAAAACAAUAUAAAUCGAAACAAAAUAAUCAAAACAAGACCCCUGAGCUCCGAGAGGCAACAAAGGUCCUGUCCUUUAUAUCAUCCCCAUCCCACAUGUGUCACCCCCUGGUGAUUAACUGCCUUUUGCAUCCCGCUUCCUCGGGGUACACCUUCUCCCGCAGAUCAAGGCAGGCCACUUUGACGAGCGCUACGUGCUGUCCUCACGAGUGCGGACGGGCCGCAGCAUCCGGGGUCUCAGCUUGCCUCCAGCUUGCAGCCGGGCCGAGCGUCGAGAGGUGGAGAGGGUCACAGCAGAAGCCCUGGCUGGCCUGAGUGGAGACCUGGCUGGCAAAUAUUACCGCCUCAGUGAGAUGACAGACAAGGAGCAGCAGCAGCUCAUUGAUGUGAGUGGUGGGGAAGCCCAGUGGCCAGGGGUGGGGUGCAUUUGUGGGUUGGUGGGUGUGCACGAGGGCUGAGCGAUAUAUCAAUGUAUCAUCCAAAACCAGUUUGCAGUCCAUAUUGUGGUUAUCGGUUUCAUAAUUUUUGACCUGGCAAUAUAUUGUAAAUCAUGGUAUGUGUGUCUGCACUAUGCAAAAAUCACGAUGCAGGGAAAACCGUGACACCAGCCAAUGUCUCUACAUUGUUCCAUCCUUAUUUCAGACAUCAUGAUAUAUCCGCAUAUUGUGGUUUAGCUGGCGAUAUAUCACCAUGUCGAAAACCAGAUUUUGCCCAGCCCUAGUGUAAAAGGGGGACAUUGGAGCACCCCACAACUGCCUAACCUUGACUUCCAUAGGUUCAGGUCGGGGUCACAAGCAAGAGACUUCAGCCAGGAGAUAGAAGCAAAACAGCGGCCAGUAGGCCUGAUCUUUAUUGUUUCAACAAGACUUCAAAUUGCCACAUAGAAGAAGCAGAGAGAAGCCCCGAACAAAGGAUGGCUCCUUUUUUAAUAAGUUUCCCAAAUUACCCAUAACACCAUUAGUAAAAUAUAAUACAUCAUAAAUAUGUCAUAAAUUGGGAAGGGUCUCCUGGCCGAAACCUGAGCACCAGGCUUGUCUGUCCCUCACAUGACCUCCAUCUUCCAAUUUUUAGGUGAAACAAAGGUAAGUAUUUACAUUUUCCCAGCCAAGUUAAGCACACCCAUUGUCUUGACCGAGAGCCCAAUCCACUGAGGUUGGGUUUGUGAUUGUUCUUGGAAUGACUUGUCCGGCACUCAGGUGCCAGGAUGCCAGAGAUUAUCACCCCCCAGGCAGUGGGGCUGCUGAGUGCGUGGUCUCAUGCUUCAGGGAUUAUAGCUGCCCCUACCUAUGUCCCAAGCUCCUCUCCUGUUAGCCAUUUUCUUUCUGAGUAGAACAACAUUGGAAUGGUGUAUAUCCAUCACACAUGAAUUUCUGAAGUUUUCCCAUUGAGCCAGGACAUAGAUCCAUUUUUCAGUGAAUUUGGUAAUGGAGGCUCGUUGUCUUUGCCUUUGGCUUGUGGUGGGGGGGAAGGUCUCUCUCUCUCACACACACACACCCUUCCAAUUUUCUGGCAACACUAGAGUGCACAAUCAGGGCUUGCUUGUGUGUGGACUGUCACCCAAGCUCUUCUUAGUGGGCAGGACUGGGCUGGGCAGCCCAUAGGCAGCCUGGCCUUAGACUGCUUUCCCUUCUUGCUGGGAGCCUGUUACUGCCUCUUUUGGUGUAGCAUGGCAAGGCAUGCCAUUCAUUUCAUGUAGGACUAUUGAUGGCUAUACUCUGCCUCCACAGUUGGAGGCAGACAUGCUUUUGAAGACCAGCUGCUGGAAACCACAGGAGGGGAGAGUUGCUCUUGUGCUCGAAUCCUGCUUGCAGGUUUCCCAUAGGCAUCUGAGUAGCCACUGUGAGAGCAAGAUGCUGGACUAGAUGGGCCUGAUAGAGCAGACUCUUCUGAUGUUCUUGUUUCCCCUGGGACUGGAACUGCUGCUGUGCUGAUUGCCUCCCUCUCUAGUCAGCGGCAGCUGCACCCUCACAUCCCCCUUCAGGUGUCCUCAGGAGAACAUCCCUAGGCACUGCCCCACAUCUCAGGUUGACCCUGGCCAUAAUUCCUAGUUCCUGCCUGCCCAGUUGGGUGGGUCCCAGCCAAAACCCCAGCUCAUCAUCACCUCUUCUCCUUCCCAGGAUCACUUCCUAUUUGACAAACCUGUCUCCCCUCUGCUGACAGCUGCAGGCAUGGCUCGUGACUGGCCUGAUGCCCGAGGAAUCUGGUAUGGCUUCUGGCUUCUUCUUCUGGUAUGGUACAGAGUGGGUGGACAGGCAGCCAUAGACCCUCUUGAGAGGCAGGCACUCCCCGCCCAGUCACUCAGAACAAUGGCUCUGUCCCCAUCAGCUGAUAUGAAACUGAAAUGCUCCCCCUUUAAUCUUUUAGAAAUGAAAUGAAACACAGGGGUCAGAGGGGGAGUGCCUGCCUCUCAAAAGGGUCUGUUGAAGGGGGGCCCUUCUUCCGCAUAUUCACCUGCUGACCUGGAGAGAGAUGGCCUUGGAGAGGAAGGCUGCAUCUCAAGCAGGAAGAGGGUCACUCCGGAAGCCCAGACUUAUGAAGGGCAAAGCAAGAGCUUAGAAUCAUAGAGUUGGAAGGAUCCCCAAGCAUCAUCUGGUUCAAACCCCUACUUGGCACAGGUUGGGGAGACAUGUCCAGUCAGGGCCAGGCCAAGAACUUUUGGUACAUAAGGUAGACCCCCAAAUGGCAUCCACCUCCCCACUAGGGUAGAAGGUGAGGUGGAAGAUCUACAUCAGGAUCUGCUGCCCCGAUGAAUCGCCAUCUGAGGCAGUUGCCUCAUUUUGCCUCAUGGGUGGGCUGGCCCCACUGGCGGAGGAAGGGGUGUGUGGUGGGUGCGGUCUACCCCAGGUGUCAUCCCUGAGGGAGGUGACAUUGCCGCGUCGCGCCCCUGGGACGCUUGCUGCGGGUGGCGCCCCUCCCCCCAGGACACUAGCCCCACCCCAGUGGGCGGCUAGCUCUGCCCCUAGGUGCACAACAUGUGCGCCGCCCCGGGUAUCAGAGCAGCCAGCUCCGCCUCUGGCCAGCCCUGAUUCCAAUCAUGCCCAGGCAGUGCCUAGCACAUUCCCACCCCACCCCAGUAAGUGCCAAUCUCUCUCUUCAGGCACAAUCACGAGAAAACCUUCCUGGUCUGGGUCAAUGAGGAGGACCACACCCGUGUCAUUUCCAUGGAGAAAGGAGGCAACAUGAAGAGAGUAUUUGAGAGGUUCUGCCGGGGAUUGAAGGAGGUGAGCAGCAAGUCCUCUGGCCCCACAGCCCCACCAGGUUCAGCUGAACAUGGUGGCAGCAUCCUGAUUAGUAAAGCUCAGGCCACCAUGGAUCUGGUCCUGGGCCACAUCGCAAGGCAGGGGGAAGGCUCUGCUCUAAGAGUUGAGCUGGAGGGUUGAGCCAGAGAAGGGGCCCAGUCUCAUGGGGUGCUGUCCUUGACUUCUGCCUACUUCCCCUGCAUACAGGUGGAGCGCCUGAUCCAGGAGAGGGGCUGGGAGUUCAUGUGGAACGAGAGGCUGGGCUACAUUCUGACGUGCCCCUCCAACCUGGGCACUGGACUGCGUGCUGGGGUGCACAUCAAGCUGCCGCUGCUGAGCAAGGUAAAGGCUGGGGCGUGGGUGGAGGGGUCCUACGCAGCAUGAUGCCCCCAACUGUUCCCUCCCCCCAGGAUGUUUGAAACUCCGAGCAGGACACUCCCUUUCAGGUAUCUAGUCCUCACCGUAGACUGCCCCCAGUAGCCUCAAGCUAACGCUUCCCCACCCCACAGUCACAGUUCUGUAAACCCCAAAUACUUUGCCGCACUGACUUCUACCCGCAACCUCCUCUGCAGGAUAGCCGCUUCUCAAAGAUCCUGGAGAACCUGAGGCUGCAGAAACGUGGCACUGGUGGUGUGGACACAGCCGCCACGGGGGGCACCUUUGACAUUUCCAACCUGGAUCGCCUGGGCAAAUCAGAGGUACCUGGGGAGGAGAGUCAGCCUUGCUGGGUGCAAAGCGUGCAUUUGCGUGUGGAGAGUAUGACACUCGAGCAUCCUUGCCAUCCUGGGUGGAGGGAGGGGAGCAUGAAGCGGGACGUCCACGUGGCAAGGGAGGCUGCAAGGAAGGUCCUCAUUCCCUUUGCGGCUUGCUGGGGGAGGAGAAGGAACUCGGUGGAGCAACAGGCCUGAGCAGUGACAUGGAUGUGGGGUGGCAGCAACAACCAGUGCCUCAAAGGACCAUGGUGGGUCUCAUUUGAGCUGCCCUCUCCAGCUUGGCUUGUUCUGUUCCUGCCCCUACCAGGUGGAGCUGGUGCAGCUAGUGAUUGAUGGUGUCAACUACCUGAUUGACUGCGAACGGCGCCUGGAGCGGGGCCAGGACAUCCGCAUCCCUUCGCCUGUGGCCCAGUUCCGCAGCUGAGCCCAGUCCAGCCCAGGGCUCUUUGCAGACACCAGUGGGCAGAAGUCCUGUGUGGGCAGGAGGCACACGAUGCACUGCACCAAACCCCAUAAAACUCUGGCUGCUGUAACAUUC